AUGGCCACCAAAACCCCUAUUCUCACCGACAAAGCCCCCAAGCCCCUCCCUGGCAUCUACUCCCAGGCCAUCGUCUUCAACGGCGUUGUCUACUGCUCCGGCGCCGUGCCCAUGGACCCCGAGACCGGCAAGCUCAUCGAGGGCGGCAUCAAAGCUCACACGCACCAAUGCAUCAAGAACCUCGGCCACAUUCUCGAAGCCGCCGGCAGCGAUCUCACCAAGGUCUUGAAGGUGAAUGUGUUCCUGUCCGAUAUGGAUAACUUUGCCGAGAUGAACUCGGUCUAUACGGAGUAUUGGGGGGAUGUGAAGCCUUGUCGGACGUGCGUGGCGGUUAAGACUCUGCCUUUGAAUACGGAUGUGGAGAUUGAGUGUAUUGCUCAUCUGUAGGGAAUAAAUUGGAUAAUGUUUA